AUGAGUUUUAAUUUUGAAGAUGAAUACCAAGAUUACUAUACAAAGAAAAGAGCACGAAAAGCCCAGCCACGAACAAACAACAACUCAUUAGGCUCAGUAGACAGUUUUGAUAUGCUUACAAAUGCAAAUGCCUCGUGAAAUGACGAUCAUGAAGGAAGUCUUACCAGUCGUAGAAGAGAAUUUUAUUUAACUCGUCAGGUUAAAAAUGAGUGAACCCAAGCUAUGUUCAGAAAAGCAUUAAUAAAGAUAAGAGGUAUUUUACUUUGAAAAUCCAUGGUAGACGAUAUCAGACUUUAUGGAACCAAAUCAAAUUCAUUAUGCUCAUAUAACUCAUGCAAAAGUAAUAUUUCAUGCCUGCUCAAGUCAAAGUCUACCUCAAAUGAAUCAGAAAAAUCAAUGGAAAUUAAAAUAAAAAACAAAGUUUUUCAUCCUAGCUCAAAAUUCAAACAAAUAUGAAACAUCCUAUUGCUUUUCUUUUUGAUUUACACAUUCACGGUAGUGCCAUUAGAAGUCGCAUUUAUGGAGGAAACUAUAGGAGACAGGUGAUUUUGAAUAAAUACGACGUGUGACUUGUUUUUUCUAUUUGAUGUAUUAAUAAAUUUAAAUACAGCGAUUUAUGACUCAAGAGGAAAACUAAAGACCUCGCGUCUUAUAAUUUUUAAAGACUAUUUGAAAGGAAUGCUUAUUAUUGAUAUAAUCUCAAUAUUCCCGUUUUAUCUGCUUUCUUUAGGCUCAGCUUCAGGUGCUAAUAGAUUUGUAAGGCUUUUACGAAUGACUAAACUAACCAAACUUGUCAGAGCUAAAAAAUUGGCUUCUAUAGUAAAGAGUUUAACUGGCUCUGAAAAAUUGGAUAAUUUUCUCGAUAAUUACCAAGGGGCAAGAAUUUUGGGAUUAUUUAUGAUAGUAGCUAUAAUGACACAUUUUGUAGCCUGUAUAUGGAUUUUUUCAGCAAAAUUAGACUCUUAUAGCCCUCGGACCUGGAUUGUCAGAAAUGGAUUAAUUGACUACCGAAAUUCUUAUAUUGUAAAAUGGUGUGACAAAUGAACCUAUCCUUUUAACUCCUUGGAUGAUUCUACGUCUAGCCUGUGCAAGGGACUUGAGGAAGGAGGAUAGCAUUAACGAAUGUGUAUAGUGCAUUGUACUGAUUAUGGAUGCAUUUCACAUGAGGAUUUCUUCACGUGUUGAAUGCAAUCCAUAAUCAGUGCAAUGCAUUAUAUUAGGGCAUAGAGCCAGCUAUUAUUUCUAUUUUGACCAAGAAUCGUCAGAAAAUUCAACAAUUUUUUAUUUUUUAUGGAGGGCAGCAUUUUUGUGACCCGCAGUCUGAUGAUAAAAAUCAUUUAACUACCGGUGGCCAACGCAGGCCCUCGUCUGGCAGUAGUAGCCUUCACGAUAUCAUAUAACGAACUGGCGAGCAAGCUAGCUUUAAGGUGGAAGUUAUCCUUCAGGAAUUAUUGAAUUUUCGAUAAGUCAAGAUUAAGAUUAAGACUACCCAAACUCUAGAAUUUAUUUAGCAAGUAUUUAUUGAGCUGUAACCACACUUGCCACUGUAGGCUUCGGUGAUAUAAGUCCCCUCACAGAAAAUGAAAUACUAAUUACAAUGUUCUGAAUGCUAUUUGGAAUCAGCUCUUUUUCUUUCUCUAUGGGAACUUUAGCAAGCGCCUUAUCAAGCUUAGAUGAAAAAGGCGCUAUAAUCAAAACAAAAUUGCGGCACAUUGAGCUAUUUGCUAAUGAUAUAAAAUUACCUAAAAAUCUUACAAAGCAAGUCACUAAAAAAGCAAAAGAAUAUUUACGUGAAAUUGCAUUAGACGACAAAGAAAGAUCUAACUUGAUUACAACAAUUCCAAAAAACCUGAGAUAUGAAAUAGGAAAAGCAAUGUUUGAUAAUGCAAUAGAAAAAGUUCAUUUUUUUAAAAAAAAGGACGAAGCUUUAAUUGCUGAUAUUGUCCCUCGUUUGACAAGGCUUGAAUUUCAAGAACGCGAAAUUAUAUAUAAAAAAAAUGACUAUGCCGACAAUAUGUAUUUUAUUGUUCAAGGAAGAGUGUGCUAUGUAUAUGGUCCAAAGCAUUUUACUUUCAAAACUAUGGUAGAUGGCUCUUAUUUUGGGGAAAUAGAGCUACUGUCUCAAAAACCUCGAGAAUUUUCUGUUAUGACAAAAAAAUGAUGCAUAUUAUUAGUCAUGAAAAAAAAUAUUUUUGAAAUGAUGCUGGAGCAAUAUCCAAAAGUCGCCCAAGAAAUAAAAAAAAUCGCAGCUGAAAGAUAUAAAAAAAAUAUUCAGGCACGAAAAGAUAUAAUAGACUUGCUGGAUGUCGUAGAAUUGAGGAAAGAAAACACUUUAAAACAAUUAGCAGGCACAAAAAAAAUAAAAAGACGGAGGACGCUUAGUGGGGAUGUGACACCUAUGCUGGGUGAUACAAUGAAUUUUAGUAAUUUUGAUGUAAAAAAAGAAAUUAUUGUAAAUUUUAUGCAGAGCAUAACUGAAAACGUAGAAGCUUUAGAUUCCAAGCUUCUAAAAGCUGUAAAAUUGUUAGAAAAUACGCCAAAUAUAGCCCGUAAGCUUCCACCUCUUCACCCGAAGGUUAAAUAG